CCAAACACACGCAGCGGGACUACAUCAGAGCACUUUGAUCUUCCUUGUCGUUUGUGUGAUGCCGGCGUGACGAGGUAGCAUUGCUCACGUCCUUUCUUACACGCUGUGUCUAGCCUCGAAGAGUCUCAACCAGCCCCCUCCUCGCUUGUGCAAAACUGUCUUUGGUCCUGGGGCGGCUCAGUUUUUUGAAGAUGAUUUUUACUGCUUUAUUUUUGGUCCUGGGACCGGCUGCUCUGCUGUAUCUGUGGCUGGUCAACAAAGCGAUCCUUAGGGUACCGAAGGAGGUACGGGAAAUCUCACCUCGACGAUGGACAAAGAAGGAGAUAGCAGAAACCUACGAACGGAUCGAACGGAAUCCAAUCGACUUUACGCCGCAUCUGCCGCCGAAGCUGGACAGGAGGUACAUCGUUGUCGGCAGCUCAGGUCUUGUUGGCGGGUAUAUGGUGCUCCACCUGCUACAGCGCGGCCAGUCGCCUGAAAGCAUUCGCAUGGUCGACUUUGUCCCGCCGAAACGUCUGGACGUGCUGCGCGCAACAAAGUCGGUGGAAUUCGUCCAGGCCGACAUCACCUCGGAAGACUCUACGAUGGCAGCCUUCGGUAGGCCGUGGCCCAAGUCGGUCGCAGACCUGCCGCUUACGGUGCUUCACACGGCUGCGGUCAUCAACUUCACCGAUCGCGCACGCACGCUCCUGCCCAAAGUCACAAAAGUCAAUCUCACGGGGACGGCGAACGUGCUGAGCGCGGCGAAGCGAGCAGGCGCCGACAUUUUCCUCGCGACGUCGUCGGCCUCGAUUGCGAUCAAGCCGGUCGGCUUCUGGAUUUGGCCGUGGCAGCGUCACCCGAAGAACAUGUUUCAAUUCUACGGCGAAGACGACGCCUAUGCUCCUCUCAGGGACCAUUUCGACUACUUUGGGAACUACGCCGUUUCAAAGGCACUUGCGGAAAAGCUGGUGAUGGAUGCCAACUCCGACACGUUCAAGACCGGCUGCAUCCGGCCGGCAAAUGGCGUGUAUGGCACAAGAUACGAUCACACGGUCGGCACGUAUUUGACCCGACGCGAUGUCCCCACCUGGGUGCCGCACAUUGUUCAGAACUUUGUGCACGCAGAGCACGUUUCACUCGCCCAUUUUGACUACGAACGAGCCCUUCUAACAGCCGGCAACAAAGUCGGCGGGAGAUCCUUCGUGGUCACAGACCCGAACCCGCCGAUCACAUUUUCAGAUAUCUACACGGUUCUGUCAACGACGUCCGUCACCGGAUUCAAGGCUACGUAUAUACCGCCCAUCUUUCUCCUUGUCAUUUCCUAUCCAAUUGAGCUAUACUAUCUCCUGAAAGCCUUUUUCCCCAUUUUGAAUCGCGUCCUGCCCGAACUGCCAUUCGAGAUGGGUCUGAUGCAGCCCACGCUUUUCUCCAUCAGCUGCGCCCACGUGAUAGCUACAGAUGCCGCGGCAAAGAAAAGUAUUGCAGAAGGUGGCAUCGGGUACAAGGGUGUGUGUUCGACGCUGGAGGGCAUGUGCAUGGAGGUUUACCUAUGGAACAAGGAGCACAGGGAAGAAAACCAGCAGCAAAGUGUCGACGCUCAAAUCAGAGAGGAGAUACGGAAUAUGGCAACUGUUCCUGCAGCAAUGGGUGGUGGCUGACGGGUGCAGAUGGUGGUCGCGAGGUGUGCAUUUCCGUCGCGCGAGAGAAAUUUUUGGUACUGGUAGAUAGACGAACGUGUGUGUGCGUUGUCGUCCACGGCCCAAAAAUAGCCGCAGGUCUAAUAAGAGUGGACCAGACGACGAUUU